AUCAAAAAAGGGAGAAAAAUGCAACACAGUCGGCACAGAAAAAAAUCAACAUUGCGCUGUCAGCUGUCAAUUUUGAACUAUUGUGAAUUUCACAAAAAAUUUGUUUAUUAACCGUGCUACAUAAGCUAAAAUUAUUUUUAAGAAAAUAAACCUAAAACAACGUAGAAGUUCUUUUGUGUCCAAAGAAUAUCAUAAAAGAAUAUGCCUAAAGUUCGUAGAAGUCGCAAACCACCACCAGAUGGUUGGGAAUUGAUUGAACCAACACUAGAGGAACUUGAGCAGAAAAUGCGUGAAGCUGAAACGGAACCACAUGAAGGAAAACGUAUCACGGAAUCUUUGUGGCCAAUUUUUAAAAUCCAUCAUCAGAAAUCACGUUACAUUUACGAUUUGUUCUUCCGUCGUAAGGCCAUCAGUCGCGAGUUGUACGAAUAUUGCCUUAAGGAAAAAAUUGCUGAUCCCAAUCUUAUUGCAAAGUGGAAGAAAUCUGGGUAUGAGAAUUUGUGCUGCUUGCGUUGUAUACAAACCCGUGAUACGAACUUCGGCACAAAUUGCAUCUGUCGGGUACCAAAAUCCAAACUGGAAGAGGGUCGUAUUGUUGAGUGCGUCCAUUGUGGGUGCCGCGGCUGCUCUGCUUAAACGCAAAAUAAAAUCAAGAAAACUCAAAUUAAAU